AUGUCAUUUAAGGCAACUAUCACCGAGUCGGGGAAGCAGAAUAUCUGGUUUCGUGCGAUAUAUGUGUUAUCUACAAUUCAGGAUGAUAUCAAGAUUACAGUGACAACAAAUGAGUUAAUUGCUUGGUCAAUGAACGAGACAGAUACUACUCUUUGUCAGGUUAGGUUUCAGAAAAGCUUUUUUGAGGAGUAUGAGUUUAAACCACAUGAGAUUGUAUUUGGAGAAAAUGGGGUUCAAGUUAUAGAAGAUACGUACGGCAAUAGUCAUAAGUUAUACUCCUUCCGUGUUAAUGGAAGACACCUAACAACUAUAUCAAGAAAGCCGGAUGGUGAUGGCAUCAAAUCAUUCACAAUUGCGGUAAACAACACUUCUACCUGUCCUGAAUCACUUGCAAAUAGAUUGAUUGUGGUGAUUGAAAUGGAUUCGUUAAUAGUCAAAGAAUACUGUCCCCAAUUCCAGCCAAUAAAAUACGAUCCCAUAAUAAUCAACCUUAAGUACAAAAGGAGGUUUUUGGAUGUUUUUGGAACUGCUGCCUCCGAUCGGAAUCCACAGGAGCCCUUGGACCCUAAGCUAUUGGACGUUUUUACAAAUACAGAGCGUGAGCUAACAUCAGCCUUAUUUAACGAAGAAGUGGAAUCAGACAUACGUAAAAGGAAUCAGUUAACGGCUGCUGAUGAGAUUAAUUACAUUUGUUGUAAUUCAACUUUAUUGAAGAAUUUUUUAGACAACUGCAAUGUUAAUGUAACCGAUGAAGUAAAAUUGGAAAUUAACGUACAUAGGCUAAGCAUAACUGCAUUCACCAAGGCCGUCUACGGCAAAAAUAACGACCUUUUAAGAAAUGCGUUAAGCAUGAGUAACACUAUCAGUACGCUCGAUCUUGAGCAUUAUUGCUUAUUUACAACAAUCGAAGAUGAAAAACAAGAUAAGCGAUCACAUAGUAAGCGUAGAGAGCAUAUGAAAAGUAUAAUAUUCAAAUUGAAGGACUUCAAAAACUUCAUAACGAUAGGUCCAUCCUGGAAGACUACCCAGGACGGAAAUGAUAAUAUAAGUUUAUGGUUUUGCCACCCAGGGGACCCUAUUCUUAUGCAAAUGCAAAAACCGGGCGUAAAAUUAGAAUUGGUUGAAGUUACUGACAGUAACAUUAACGAUGAUAUUUUAGAAGGAAAAUUCAUAAAAACAGCAAUCUCUGGCUCCAAAGAAGAGGCCGGACUGAAAGACAACAAAGAAAGCUGCGAAAGUCCAUUAAAAAGCAAAACUGCUUUAAAGAGAGAAAACCUGCCACACUCUGUGGCUGGAACUCGAAACAGUCCUUUGAAAGUGUCGUAUCUGACCCCUGAUAAUGGAAGCACAGUUGCUAAGACCUAUAGAAAUAACACGGCAAGAAAAUUAUUCGUGGAAGAACAAAGCCAAAGUACGAAUUACGAACAAGAUAAGCGGUUCCGGCAGGCUAGUUCAGUUCAUAUGAACAUGAAUCGGGAACAAAGUUUUGACAUUGGUACGACUCAUGAAGUGGCCUGUCCACGUAAUGAGAGCAAUUCUUUAAAAAGAUCCAUAGCAGAUAUUUGUAAUGAAACUGAAGACCCCACCCAACAAUCUACAUUUGCAAAAAGGGCAGACACCACUGUGACAUGGGGAAAAGCGUUACCAGCUGCAGAUGAUGAGGUUUCAUGCAGCAAUAUCGAUAGAAAAGGAAUGCUCAAGAAAGAAAAAUUGAAGCAUAUGCAAGGUCUGUUGAAUUCCCAGAAUGACACAAGUAAUCACAAGAAACAGGACAAUAAAGAGAUGGAAGAUGGGCUGGGUCUAACACAAGUAGAAAAGCCAAGGGGUAUAUUUGACUAA